CCCCCACGCUCUUGCAUCUCGUCCGUCGAGAUCAGCAACAGCGUACAGACUUGUCGACAUGGUCAUGCAGACGCUCUCGCGCGCCCUCAUGGGCCUCGCGCUGCUUAACGGAGUCGCGCGAGGAUUCAACGUCUACGUGAGCAACAAGUGCGAUGAGAGCAUGACGCUGGCUCACGUGACGCCCAACGGCGUGCAGACCGAGCAGGUGGCGGCCGGAGGCUCCACCACCAAGUCUGUCGCGCCCGGUUCGGCUUCGCACGUGUUCAAGUGGGGCACCGGCGCCCAGGCUACCUUGGCCGAAUUCUCGGGUGAAAUGGGCAUGUGCUGGUACGACAUCAGCUGCAUCCCUACCGGUCCCAAGAGUGGCCCCGAGUACUGCUCUAGUCUGCAGGAGUGCAAGGACCUCACGGGCGGUGUGGGCUUCAACAAGCCCAUGCAGAUCACGCCGCACAAGCAGGACGGCGGACGUUGCGUCGAGCUCACGUGCAUGGCCGACGGUUGUCAGGAUGCCUACCUUUUCCCUAAGGACGACACCAAGACGCACACGUGUCCUUUGUCCACGGACUUCGACCUUACGUUCUGUCCUGGUGGAUCUGGAGGCUCCACGCCAGCUCCGACACCGGCCCCGACGCCCGCUCCCACGCCGUCUCCAACGCCGAUCCCUACGCCGUCCCCCACGCCGACACCGACCCCGACUGCAAUGCCUACGCCGAACGAGGAACAGCAGCAACAGGAGGAGCAGCCGGAGCAGCAGGGUCAGCAGUCGGCUUCGGCUUCAGCUGGUUCGGCCGGUCAGAACCAGAACCAGAACGAGGACCAGAAGCCCAAGUCCGGCUCUGGCUCAGACACCGAGGCUGGCGUCAAACAACUGCGUAAGGUCGACGCCGAGAGCGUGCAAAGCCCCACGACGCAGCAGACGCAGCCAACGACGGAGACGACGGACAGCGGCACUCAGCAGAUUGGCGGCCAGACUCCUGCUGCCGCGUCGAAGGAAGGUGAGGUGCAGCAGAUCAACAACCAGGCCUCGGGGGGCGGCGCUAACGGUACGCCGUACAUUGUGGUGGGCAUCGGCUGCUUCGUCGGAAUGGUGGCCGCUGCUGCCAUCUUUGUGGUGCGUAAGAAGAAGGCGGCGCUGGAUGACCUGGAGACCAAAACUCCCGUCUCGACGACGGCCCACGGCGCGCUCGCUAACUUCCGCACUCCUCGCGACAACGUCAGCGUGCUGUAAGUAGGCGACGCAGCAGUUUUGGAUGUGGACAUACACACUUUUUUAUCUGUAGAUACGGUAGCUAGCUAGUCGCGCGAAGUGGAAGCGCUCCAAGUGGCUAGCGACGGAUUUUGGUCAUACAAUCCUCGUGUGUGUGCUU